GUCCCUUACGCAGAAAAGUUCGGCGUCGGUUUCAAGGCUCCUCCCUCCGGUGAAGGCAGACUGCGGGGCGCCUGGAAACCGGUCGGAGGGAGCGCGGCGCGGCGAGGCAAGGGGCGCGGGCUCGAGGGGCCGGCACAAAUGGUCAGGCGGCGGCGGCGGCGGAGGCGACGGCGGUAGUCGGAGGCGCGGUGGUCGGAGGCGCGGUGGUCGCUGCCGCCGGUGCGGGGAGAGCUGCGCGCCGCGGCCGCGCGAGUGGCGGCCGGAGCUGCCCCGUCCCUGCCCGCCGCUCCCUUCAUGAGUCGCAAGUUCGGGCCGGGAGGAGCAGCGGCGGCGGCGGCGGCAGUGCGGCGGGAGCCCGGCAGAGCAGGCGGCACCGACUGAGCAUGGCCGAGCGGCGCGGGCCGGCGGCGAGCGGCGGCGGGGAAGUUGGCGGCGGCCGGUGCCCGCGGCUGCCUCUGCUGCUGGUGCUGCUCUGGGCGGCGGCGCUGCCGGCCGGGGGGCAGUCCAACGGCGAGCGGGGCAUCUCCAUUCCGGACCACGGCUACUGCCAGCCCAUCUCCAUCCCGCUCUGCACUGACAUCGCCUACAACCAGACCAUCAUGCCCAACCUGCUGGGCCACACCAACCAGGAGGACGCGGGGCUGGAGGUGCACCAGUUCUACCCGCUGGUGAAGGUGCAGUGUUCGGCCGAGCUCAAGUUCUUCCUCUGCUCCAUGUACGCGCCAGUGUGUACCGUGCUGGAGCAGGCCCUGCCGCCCUGCCGCUCUCUCUGCGAGCGGGCCCGACAGGGUUGCGAGGCCCUCAUGAACAAGUUCGGCUUCCAGUGGCCCGACACGCUGCGCUGCGAAAAGUUCCCAGUGCACGGGGCCGGCGAGCUGUGCGUGGGGCAGAAUGCCUCCGAGCGCGGCACCCCCACGCCCGCCCUGCGCCCCGAGAGCUGGACCAGCAACCCCCACCGCGGGGGCGCCGGCGGCGGCCCUGGGGGCCCGGGGCCCGGCGAGCCCCGCGGGCGCUUCACCUGCCCGCGGGCGCUGAAAGUGCCCUCCUACCUGAACUACCGCUUCCUGGGGGAGAAGGACUGCGGGGCGCCCUGCGAGCCCGGCCGCCUCUACGGGCUCAUGUACUUCGGGCCCGAGGAGCUGCGCUUCUCCCGCACCUGGAUCGGCAUCUGGUCGGUGCUCUGCUGUGCCUCCACCCUCUUCACCGUCCUCACCUACCUGGUGGACAUGAAGCGGUUCAGCUACCCUGAGCGGCCCAUCAUCUUCCUCUCGGGCUGCUACACGGCGGUGGCCGUGGCCUACAUCGCCGGCUUCCUCCUGGAGGAGAGGGUGGUCUGCAACGAGCGCUUUGCUGAGGACGGCUCCCGCACCGUGGCACAGGGCACGAAGCGGGAGGGCUGCACCAUCCUCUUCAUGAUGCUCUAUUUCUUUGGCAUGGCCAGCUCCAUCUGGUGGGUCAUCCUCUCCCUCACCUGGUUCCUUGCUGCCGGCAUGAAGUGGGGCCACGAGGCCAUUGAGGCCAACUCCCAGUACUUUCACCUGGCUGCUUGGGCCGUGCCGGCCAUCAAGACCAUCACCAUCCUGGCCCUGGGACAAGUGGAUGGGGACGUUCUGAGCGGUGUCUGCUUUGUGGGCAUCAACAACGUGGAUGCCCUGCGGGGCUUCGUGCUGGCCCCCUUGUUCGUCUACCUGUUCAUCGGCACCUCUUUUCUGCUGGCUGGCUUUGUGUCCCUCUUCAGGAUCCGGACCAUCAUGAAGCACGACGGCACCAAGACAGAAAAGCUGGAGAAGCUCAUGGUGAGGAUAGGCAUCUUCAGCGUCCUCUACACGGUGCCGGCCACCAUCGUCAUUGCCUGCUAUUUUUACGAGCAAGCUUUUAGGGAACAGUGGGAGAGGAGCUGGGUCACACAGAGUUGUAAGAGCUAUGCCAUUCCCUGCCCCAACAACCAUAGCAGCCACCACCCACCCAUGAGCCCCGACUUCACUGUCUUCAUGAUCAAGUAUCUCAUGACUUUAAUUGUGGGUAUCACCUCGGGCUUCUGGAUCUGGUCUGGGAAAACCCUGAACUCCUGGAGGAAGUUUUACACCAGGCUCACCAACAGCAAGCAGGGUGAGACGACCGUCUGAGACUCCUGCCUGCCGGGCCAGGGGGAUGUGGGCGGCCAAAGGACCGAGGUUCUGCCUCGGGAAGCAGCUCCUUAUCCAGCCUGGGCGAACUUUGGGGACCGCAAGUGUCUUCCGCCGGCGGCAGGGAGUGGAGGACGAGCAGGGGGGGACUCCGGGGCCCGGGACCGCCCGGCUCUGCCCUACCCGCGCUGCUCGGGUUGUCUCCUGAAGGAGCUGAACGCAUUGUCAGGUUGGGGGAGAGGGAUGUAAAUAGCCUCUGUAAGAUUUUGUAAGUAUAUUUGUAUUUAAAUUACAAAAAAACCUCACUUUUUUAAUUAUUUAGGACACUUUUAACCCGUUUGCGGAUUUUACUUCCUCGCUCCCCCCCUCCCCUUUUUUAUUUAAACAAAAAAAGAAUUUGGAUUUUUAUUUCGUGGGGCAGGAUGGGAAAAGCUGCCGGUAAGAGAAACGAAAAGAAAAACCUUUUUUCUCCCCCACAGAGGUUUUGUGAUGGCUUUGGUUGGAAUUUCAGCUGCAUGAGCAGCAGGGCCCGGAGCGGGGUUGCGGCUGCGGCGGGGUCGCCCCCUGAUCCAGGCUGGGUCCUGAUCCCGGCCCCGAGGUGAGGAUGGGCAGGAGAGCCGCUUCCCGCCCCGGCCCCGUGUGGAGGAGGACGGACUCUAUUCCGUCCCCGUACGGGGAGAACGUGGAGAUGCCUGGCCAUGGCGCAGGGACGGCGCUGCGCCGAGCCCGGCCCCGCUGACCCCGCCGGGCCCUCCUCGGGGUGUGCCAUCAUCCAGCCCUGCCCGGAGCGCGACC